GAAUUCUCCUCCAACUACAACACAAAACAAAACAAAGAAGAGAGAGAGAGAGAAAGAGAAAGAGUCAUGGUUUUUGCUUUGAUUCUUCUCUUCAUAUGCCCCUUCAUCGCCAUCAUUGGCGGACCGUCUCUUUGAAAUUUCAUUUUUUUUUUUUUUUUUUUUGAAACUCCAUUGAUUUUUUAAUAUUCAAGAGUGGUUUAUGCUAUGUAUAUGUGUACUUGAACAAAUGGGAUUCAAGGGGUCUCUUUUUCAUGGGUCGGAUCUCGUACUUGCACAAAUAAAAAACUGUCACAUCUCAACACCAUGGUAGUUGAUCGUCUCCUGAUCAAUCAGUAGUUAAGAAAACAAGAAGCAAACUGGGUGGACCAUUUUGUUUGCUUUUCGAUCUGGAUUUGAUUCUCUGUUUCUUCAUCACCUUGCUUAAUAUGAUGAAUGCAGCAUUCUUGAAGAUUUAAGGUAAACUAUGAGUUACUGAUCUCGUUUUGUUUACUGGGUAUUUUUUAGUUUUUAGUGAUCACAAUCAGAUCAACAAAUGGAAGCAAAUCAAAAGAAGAAGUUCAUCUGCAAGUUUUGCCACAAGAGAUAUCCGUGUGGCAAGUCCUUGGGCGGUCACAUCAGAACUCACAUGAAUAAUAAUGGCGGCAAUUCAGCUGCAGCGGAAGAAGGUGUGGCUAAGCUCGACAUAGACAAGAUUCUCUAUGGAAGAAGCACUAAAAAGGAGCCGGGGCUCGAAGCUGGUGGACAAUCUGGUUAUGUUCUUAGAGAGAAUCCAAAGAGAACAAAGAGGUUUGCGGAUUCAAGCACACUUACUUUACAGCAAGAAAUGGUCUGUAAAGAAUGUGGUAAAGGAUUUCAAUCUCUGAAAGCUCUUUGUGGUCACAUGGCUUGUCAUUCUGAGAAGUUUAAAACCGGUUUCGAAGAUCAUAUAGAGGGUAGUCAUGAUUUGAAGCAAAAACUUAUAAUGGAUAGUGAAUCAGAUACUGAAACAUCCGCUCCAAGUAGGCUAAGGAGAUCCAAGAGACUUGGUUACAAGAGUACUGAUGUUUAUAAUUCUUCUUCUUUUGAUAUUGCAAAUGGUUCUUCAGCUGUUUCAGGGAUAGAGCACGAACAGGAAGAGGUGGCUAUGUGUUUGAUGAUGUUGUCCAGGGAUUCUAGUUAUAAAAAGGGCUUGAAUUCUUUUGCUGAUUCUUCUGAUAACAAUUCAGUGGUUUUGGAAGCUAAAUCAUCGUCUAUUGAUAUGAAAAUUUCUGGGAAGAAUGGUCUGAAUUGUGUCUCGAAUUGUAAUGAGUUUGUGGUAAUGAAGAAAGAAAGAGACGGCAAGUCUAAAUCUGCUGAAAUUGAUGUUUCUGAUAAUUCUGAUUCUGGGUAUUUUAGAAAUGGACCCAAGAAGGUUGAAUCUGAUGCUUCUGUUGAUGGGUUUAUCAGGAAUGGUGAAUUCAAGAAGUCUAGAGAGGAAUACGAAUCUCGAUUUGAGGAGUGUGGUGUAAAAUUGGGGAAAAGUUCUAACAAGAGAACUGAGUUUGGGAAGGAUUUGACCAAAAAAGAAGAUUAUGCUCAAGUACACAGGGCUUCAACUAAACAUGAUUCAAGAAAGAGAGCUAAGAAUGAUUCUUCAAGUCCUGAAAUUUUCAGCAACAACGCUCAGAAGAGAAGCCAAUUCGAGUGUUUGACCUGUAACAAGGUCUUCCAUUCACAUCGGUCUCUUUGGGGACACACAGCCAGCCAUAGUAAGAUGAAUGGCUGCUGCGAAUCAAUAAACGAGAGCGGCGAAAACAGAUUAGAGACGGAUUCUUUUCCUAAUAAUAAUAAUAAUAAAGUUUCCAAGUCUUGCAAUGGCAAAAACCCAAUUGAGCAGAGUGUGUCCUGCAGUGUUGAGAAAAGAUUGGGAUCCAAGAAAAGUAAGGGCCACGAAUGUCCAUUCUGCUUCAGGGUGUUCAAGUCUGGCCAAGCUUUAGGAGGUCACAAGAGGUCCCAUUUUGUUGGAGGAAGUGAAGAUAGAACCGUGGUACUUAAGCAACAGUUAAAUGAAAUGCAUGGUCUAAUUGAUCUUAAUCUUCCUGCUCCAAUGGAGGAAGAGGCAAUUGCCGAAGCAGGGUUCGCUCAGUGGUAGGUUCGGUUUGGUUUGGUUGGAAGUAACAGAAGCAUGAGUUGCUGCCGGUGGUGGGUUUUGAUCUCUAAUUCAGAAGUUUUUAGCAUAGUUUGAUGAUGAUGAAGAAGAUGGAAGAGAGGCUUAGAGUGUACAAACAGGACAGGUUGGUGAAUGCUUUUUGUGUUUUCCUUUUGCUUCACAUUCAAGGAUAUGGAUUUAGAGGUAUAAAAUGUUUAUUUGUUGCUUAUGGACUUUAAGGAGAGCCCUUACAAAAUUAUCUUCAUAUUUAAUUGCAAAACCUUGAUGUACUUACUUAUGUGUUUCAUCUUAAAAC